UAACUUUGUUAUUUGUGUUUUGCACAAGAUUUUGAAAACUCAUAUUUUUUAUUAUUCUGCUUUAUAACGAAAACUAAUAACUUCUAAUGGAUCGAAAAACUACCCGUUUAACUGGAAACCCCGAAUAUGUUGCACAAUAUCAAGCAUUGAAUGCUAGAGAAAGUGAAGUAAGUCUUACACCAAGUCAAGUUACAAAACGUGAUAAAUUGAAUUUGCAAAAGAAAAAUCCAUUAGAUGCAAUUACUAAGCCUCCAAAAACAAUAGACGUUGUUGAAAAGAGAUCGGGCUUACAAAAUGUUUCAGAAGAACAUUUUCAGCAAUCUUCAAUGUUUUCUCAGAAGAAAUCGAAUAUAUCGGUUAGAGAGCAACAGGGUCACAAUAAUAAUCAAAAAGAUAAUGGCAUAACGACGGGAACUACUUCAAACAUACAAGUUAACCAAGAAUCCAAGAAUCCUCCUCCACCUUCUGAGCCUAUAUUCACAGAAAACUCAAACCCUAUAAAUAUAUCCAAUGAAUCGGAAAAAGGAUUUUGUACAACUUGCCCUAAUUGCUCAGCUAAAAUACUUUUGGUACCCGAAACUUCAAACAAAUCCGAAGAAAAUUCUUCAGCAUAAAAGCAAUGAAGAUACAUGUAAAAAGCAAAUAUUUCGAAAGAAUAUCGUAACGAUCAACAUGUUUAUGAUUUUGUGAUUGAUUGGAUCAUUAGUUUCAUAAUAUUGUACCUAUACUAUAUUAUUUUUCAUCAUCAUUUCAAAGAAUAUUUUUUUUUAUACCUUUACAUUAUAAUAAUUAUAAACAUUGUGCUGCUAAUUGUUAAAAUCUUUCAUAAAUUUGUUUGUCUAGUUAAAUUAUUUGUUACGUCCACAUUUUAAUAAUUUUUUUUUUUACAAAAAUUAAAAAGACAUUUUUUAAUUCA